AAGUCAGAGGCGGUUCCUAUUACUAUUCUCCAAGUAAUUUCAUCGUAUAUCUCAUCUAAUUCCAGUAGGACCAUACGGUAUUAGCCUAUCACCAUGAGCUUCUCUAUCCUCUUCUAUUUCACCCGCAAACCCGGGGUCUCCCCGGAAGAGUUCAAAGAACACCUUGAGAACAUCCAUAUGCCUAUCCUGCAAGAGGUAGCUGGUCCGCACUUCCCGUUAUCUCACACUCGGCACUAUAUCCAGCGCACCGAGGGCCAAGGCGAGGGCACUACUCGGAAUGCCACGACCCCGGCUCAACUCAUCCUCGGGUCCCAAGCUGACUUCGACUACGACGCCGUUGCCGAGUUGAUAUUUAAGGAUGCUGCGGCCUUCCAGGCUUUCAUGGCAUUCUCCCACACCCCUGAGAAAGCCGCCAAGGUCGGGGCCGACCAGGAGCUCUUUCUCGACCGCUCCCAGCUGCGCGCCGUUGUUUUAGGUGGGACUGAAGUCACAAAAAGGGGAUAGAGGUACCUAGAUUGAUUGAACUCUAGUAUGCUAGAGUAGCAGUUAUUUCUCAUGGUCGUUGGAAAUAACGCACUCUGAGAGUUGAACGUUAGCGGUACCUUUUCCGGAAAUUUCAUAGGAGUUGGAAUGAUAUUAGAACGAAAUCAAAAUUCUAGAGCGCUAACUUCUCCUAUUAUAUUUUGUGGACGGUUGGCUCACUGAGGCUUUCAAUAAAGGUGACGUUUGACUUAUGCGUACAUGUUGUCUAUGUGAUGACUCCUGAGAGAAAAUUCUCCACAUUGCUUACUUCUGCGAUAUUACGUGAAGAUUUGGGAGAAGGAUUGUAUGAACGAAAUAUAGGCAAGGCAUCAAGUAAAUAAAGCCUUUAUUCCCGAAGUCAGCCUAUUCUUGUGCACCUCUUCU